AUAAUUAAUCCAUAACUACCAGGGGGAACCACGCUAGAAUGCGUUCAGUUAUCAAACCUGGUAGCGAUCGUUCACUAAACGAUCACAUGAUGAGAGUGAUGUCACCCGUUGUAGAAAAGAAGAGGAUACAUCGUCUCUCUCUAACAUUCUGUCCUUCUUCUCUACAUCUCAUUCUUCCCAAAUUUCAAAUCCACGUUGCCAGCGCCGAUUUUCAACCAUGGCAUAUUCUCGGUCAAAGAUACCUAUCCCGCGGUUGCACACUCGAUCUGAGUCUCUCAGUGACCAUACACCGCCCCAGCGGCGGCGCGCUUCUCGCGCGUGCCAGUCCUGUCGUGCGCGAAAGGCGAAAUGCGACGAAGGCUGGCCAGCCUGUGGUCAAUGCAAGGACUCGCAUGUUCAGUGUGUCUACACGGGUGGAAAACGCGAAGAGCGCAACAGACGAUUCGAGCUGCUCUCGAGAAAAGAGGCCGAGUAUGAGGCCGUCUUAUCGCACAUCAGUCUCGCCAGUACCGAUCCUUUGAGUCGGCUGGCAGCGCAGACGGUUCUUGAAAAGUUUUCUCCCGAUAAGAUGGUUUUGAAUCCACCCACUGUUCCGCCCGACGUGGGUGCAUCGACCUGCGAUCCACUGUCUUCAUACGUGAUAGACGAUGCACCCCAGCAGCCAUUGGCGCAGCCGAUCGGUUACAUUGGCAAUCCAUUUCCAAGCUUCAGUCAGGUAAAUGACGGAUCACAUGGACCUGUGAACGAUCUCGGUCUGGGACUCGAAGCGAGUACAAUCGGUACUGAGCCUGGCCACAGGGUAUCUUCUACCGCUUCGAUGACUUAUCUCGAUCCCAACUUUGCCUUUGUCAAUGACCUGGACGCGGCGCAUUUUCUGACGUGAUUUCUUCAAAUUCCUCCGCCUUGGCAGGACACCGCCUUGACAGGACAGGAUUCUCAUUACUUGACAGAAGGUGCGUGUUAAAUUUGUCUUGCGCUAAGUCGUGUUUUCUUUUCUAUUCUUUUUUUUUUCACCUUGAUGUCUGUUUCUCUUACUGUUUCACAUGUAUGUCUGGCGUUUUUCGAUUAUGUGGACCAGGAGCUCUCUUAGAAAUAACCGGACAGGCGGCAUAAUUAUUUGAGCACUUGAAGCUCUUGCUGCGAGUUCGAAAAAUGCUACGGGACGAUCAUUGUAUCUCGUAGUUUAAUGAUGUAAUGGAAAUAUGACAAGAUAUCAUAUAUACAUGUAUAUAUGUACAAUGCACAGCUAGUAUAUUCUAUACGAUGGGGGGGGAGACUUCU